CUGUCCCCAUGGAGGGUGCGCAGGCCCCGGCGAGAGCCACCUUCGGCGCCUGGGACUACGGCGUGUUCGCAGCCAUGCUGCUAGUGUCCACGGGCAUCGGGCUGUGGGUCGGCCUGGCCCGCGGCGGCCAGCGCAGCGCCGACGACUUCUUCACCGGGGGCCGGCAGCUGGCAGCAGUGCCGGUGGGCCUGUCGCUGGCCGCCAGCUUCAUGUCUGCAGUGCAGGUGCUCGGGGUCCCCGCCGAGGCGGCGCGCUACGGCAUCAAGUUCCUGUGGAUGUGCGCGGGGCAGCUGCUCAACUCGCUGCUCACUGCCAUGCUCUUCUUGCCGGUUUUCUACCGCUUAGGCCUCACCAGUACCUACCAGUACCUAGAGCUUCGCUUCAGCCGAGCGGUGCGGCUCUGCGGGACGUUGCAGUACCUGGUGGCCACGAUGCUGUACACAGGCAUCGUGAUCUACGCGCCCGCGCUCAUCCUGAACCAAGUGACCGGGUUGGACAUCUGGGCAUCGCUCCUGUCCACGGGAGUCAUCUGCACCUUGUACACGACGGUGGGUGGUAUGAAGGCUGUGGUCUGGACAGAUGUGUUCCAGGUUGUGGUGAUGCUCAGCGGCUUCUGGGUGAUCCUGGCCCGCGGCACCAUGCUCAUGGGGGGCCCCUGGAACGUGCUUAGUCUUGCUCGAAACCAUUCCCGGAUCAACUUGAUGGAUUUUGACCCUGAUCCUCGAAGCCGCUACACCUUCUGGACUUUCAUGGUGGGAGGCACACUGGUGUGGCUCUCCAUGUAUGGUGUGAACCAAGCCCAGGUACAGCGCUACGUGGCCUGCCGCACCGAGAGGAAGGCCAAGCUGGCCCUGCUUGUCAACCAGCUGGGCCUCUUUCUGAUCGUGAUCAGUGCCGCUUGCUGUGGCAUCGUCAUGUUCGUCUUCUACAGAGACUGUGACCCCCUCCUCACCAAGCGCAUCUCAGCACCAGACCAGUACAUGCCACUGCUCGUGUUGGACAUUUUUGAGGACUUGCCUGGAGUCCCUGGACUCUUCCUGGCCUGUGCCUACAGCGGCACCCUCAGUACUGCAUCCACCAGUAUCAAUGCCAUGGCAGCCGUCACUGUGGAAGAUCUCAUCAAGCCACGGAUGCCUAGCCUGGCACCUCGGAAGCUCGUUCUCAUCUCUAAAGGGUUGUCCCUCAUCUACGGCUCAGCCUGCCUCACGGUGGCUGCUCUGUCCUCGAUGCUGGGAGGUGGUGUCCUCCAGGGCUCCUUCACGGUGAUGGGCGUCAUCAGUGGACCUCUGCUAGGUGCCUUCACUCUAGGGAUGCUGCUCCCAGCCUGCAACACGCCCGGCGUCCUGUCUGGAUUGGCUGCAGGCUUGACUGUAUCCCUGUGGGUAGCCGUGGGGGCCACACUGUAUCCACCCGGAGAGCAAAUCAUGGGGGUUCUGCCCACCUCAGCAGCCAGCUGCACCAACGCCUCGGUCCUCAUGGGCCCACCCAGAGCUGCCAACGCCUCCAGUGGGGUUCCCAGCUCUGGGACGGAAGCAGGCCGCCCCGCCCUCUCGGACAACUUCUAUGCCAUCUCCUAUCUCUACUACGGGGCUCUGGGCACCCUGACCACCAUGCUGUGUGGUGUCCUUAUCAGCUAUCUAACAGGCCCCACCAAGCGCAGCUCCCUGGGCCCCGGACUGCUGUGGUGGGAUCUUGCUCGGCAGACCGCAUCCAUGGCCCCAAAGGAGGACACUGCCACCUUGGAGGACAGCCUAGUGAAGGGUCCGGAAGACAUCCCUGCGGCGAGCAAAAAGCCCCCUGGCUUCCUGCCAGGAGACGAAGCCCACCCGCUGUCCCCCAGCCACGAUCUUGAGACCAACCUCUGA